AACAACAACGAUAAAAACAUUCAUUCACCCACCAUUCACCUCACAUUACAUUUCACGUUGAAUAUUGAACAGUAAGUUUUAGUAACUACCUACCUAAUUUAAUUUAAUUUAAUACAUUUUUGCAUAUUGGACACAGCAAUAAUUGAGUUUAAAUUCGAAAUGGAGUUAAGUGAAGAUUCUACAGAAAGAAAACAAAAUGUUUUAAUAAGUGACAAAUAUGAAGCUUCUCCCGAGCAUGUUUAUAUACAAAUUAAAUCUGAACUGGAAGAAUGUGUGCUUGAAGUUGAAAGUACAAAAGAUUCUUUAUCAGACUCAUGCUUAGACGAUAUUAAAGUAGAAGAACAUAUGUUACAAUAUAAUAUAAAUAACUCAUUCCCUGUUAUUAUUAAACAAGAAGUUAAGACAGAAAUUAAAGAAGAACUGGAUGAACAUAAUUUACAAGUCAACCAUGGGUGUGACAGUCUAUUUCAAAGUACAAGAACAGAUACUCAAAAAUUAGACUCAGAGAAAGAUGUAAAAUUGCAGAUAGGAGCUUCAACUGAGAUAGAUGAUGAAAAACAUUGUAGAAGUAUGAAAACAGAAAAAUUAUUGCCCAACAUUGACAACAAAAGUUUAAAUCAGAACGAGAUUGAAACGGAAUCCGAAGGAUCUUUGAUACCAAUCUCACGAGCAAGUUUGUACAAGUGUGAAACAUGUUUGAAGAAAUUUACGGUGUUAAGAUAUUUAAAAAAGCAUUUGCGAAUACACACUGGGGACAAACCUCACAAGUGCAAAAUUUGUUCUAAGCAAUUUAGUGGAGCAGGAACUUUGAAAAAGCAUUUAAGAAUUCACUCUGGCGAAAAGCCUUACAAGUGUGAAAUUUGUUUGAAGGAAUUUAGUCGAAAUGACAGUUUGAAAAAGCACUUAGGGAUACACACUGGAGAAAAGCCUUAUAAGUGCGACAUUUGUUUGAAGGAAUUUAGUCAAGAUGGACAUUUGAAAGAUCAUUUAAGGAUACACACUGGAGACAAACCUUACAAGUGUGAAAUUUGUUUUAAACAGUUUAGUCGAGCAGGUUCUUUGAAGACACAUUUAAGAGUGCACACUGGCGAAAAGCCUUACAAGUGUGAAAUUUGUUUUAAACAAUUUAGUGACUCAAAAACUUUGAAAAUUCAUUUAAGAAUACACACUGGGGAAAAGCCUUACAACUGCGAAAUUUGUUUGAAGCAAUUUAGUCAUGAUGGACAUUUGAAAAGUCAUUUGAGAGUGCACACUGGAGAAAAGCCUCACGAGUGCGAAAUAUGUUUUAAACAAUUUAGUGAAGCAGGAACUUUGAAAAAGCACUUAAGAAUACACACUGGAGAAAAACCUUACAAGUGUGAAAUCUGUUUUAAGCAAUUUACUGAGUUAGGAAAUUUGAAAAAGCAUUUAAGGAUACACGCUAGAGAAAAGCCAUCUUCUUCUUCGACUUUAAGUACCGUGCCCAAAUUUUAGGCGUGGAUAGCAUCGAUGACAAUUUGCCGAUAUCGUUCUCGAUCUUGUACGGCAUGUGAUAGUUGAUCUGCUGAUAAGCCAGUCCAUUGACGAAGGUUUCGGUGCCACGAAUAUUUCUUCGUACCAUACACCUUCAAUUACAGUCGGUAUGAAAUAUAUGUCAAUUUGACAAUUUCAAUCGACAAUAUGAAUUAUUUAAGAAAGUUGCAAGAUUUCUCCGCUAUAGGGCUUUUCAUUCACAGUUAUUUGUUUCGAGCUUCUGUCAUGUGUCACAUAAUAUUAAUAUAUCUACGUCGUACGUUAUUAGUAUAUACCAAUGAUACAAACCAAAGAGGUAUGACGGAGAUAUAUUAAUAUUAUCAUGUGACACAUGAUGACAGAAGCUCGAAACAAAUGACAAUCGAUGAAAAGCCCUAUUCGCGCACGAUCGUUUCUCGUAUCACCUCCAAGUACUUGCACGACCUAAUGUUCAAACACGUGUAUAUAUUCAACCAAAAGCUGACGUUUCCUCGACGUUAUUGACGUCACUUGGUUGCCUGGGAUACCUAUCUAAUGCACUUUACAGAAUUGAAAUUAGACUAUUUAAGCGGCCUCAGGAGUAUUUUAAAAUUAUAAACAAUUUUUUGGCUUAUAAAUAAAUAGAAUAUCUCGGGAAAUAUUAAAUUAAAUUAAACCAUGAAAACGGUAUUGGAAAGAAUGCGGUAGGACGCUACUUAUAAAAGAAAAAAAAUCUUUAAUUGUGAUAAGUGGUUCCUGAGAUACAACUGGUCAAAGUUGACCGGCAUGUACGGCAAAGAUAUAAACAAUAGGAUCAUAAUUUUCGAACCAUCACCUUUUUAUUUCGGUCCUCUUUCGCCAAACCAAUUUUCAUAUCUUUAAAAUACUCAAGAUAUAUUAUAAUAAUAAAAACUAUCGAUAUGUAUUACGAGUGAAAAAUGCCAAAAAUAGCAAAAUUCCAAUCAAAAGUUAUGUUGGAGAAAAUGGAAUUUCAAAGUUCAAAAUCGGCAGUGGCGGCUCGUCAGAGGAGGCUUAGCCUCCCCAUAAAUUUUUUACACACGCUACACUAUUUUGUUUAUCUUGAAUCGCGAAAAACAACAAGCACUCUCACUAUUAUACAACGUGUAAAUUUCAUAUUAUCACUAAAUAUCCAUACGCACGGAGCAUUAGCAUUAGAGCGCAUGAUUGCGUCUCAGUUUUUUUAUUAUUAUUGUAGGCAGGACCCUGGGUUAUCCCGAGAUGCAUGAACGGAUCCGAGAAGCCGGCCAGCCUUCGUUGCUACUGCGCAGCAGCGCAGCAGGCGUUUAAGGAGACCCGGCAUCUACGGUGCCAUCACACGCUGCCCGGAGAUUUACCAACGGAGGCUAACUAGCUUCUCGGCUCCGUUGCCGUUGCGUGCAUCUCGGGACAACGAAUUUUAGGGUCCUGACUAAAAAUAAUGAAAGAACUAAAAGUGCGAAUUUUGUUAUGAAAUCUGGUAUUUGGGGUUAGAAUAAUAUUUGGAACAACUUGUUCAAAUAACUUUUUCCGAUAUUUGUAACGCAAAGCAAAAUAUCGGUAAUUUAUCAUGUUUUUGGAUCCGCAGUAGGCCACGUUUAGAAUUAAAAAAAUUCAGUUGAGUAUCUUAAAAAAUGUGAACCUUCAACCUGUAUGGACUGCAAAACUUCAAAUCUGUAUUUAUUUUUUACAAAGAUGGAAUUGUUAACAAAUAAACGACACAAACUUUGGUAUUAAACUUUUACAAUUAGACUAAUUAUUUUUAAAAUGAUAUGAUAUUAUGAAAUGUAAAUAAAAAAUGGGCCCUUACAUUACAUUUUUUGGCUAGUGCAAAUUUGUCUAGAUAUUUUAGAGUUAGGUAUAGCCUCACCUAUUGUAAAAAUCACGAGCCGCCACUGAAAAUCGACAUACGUUAAAAAAUGCAUUUGCUCGGCUUCCCAUGGAACAAUUUUCUUCAUUUUUUUUUGUUCUUAAGUAACUCGAGCAGAGCCAUCUAACUAAUUCAUUAUUAAAUGUCAACGUUGCUUUUGUUUUGUUCUAAUAAAUUAAUUUAUAAGAAAAAAAGCUACAUAUUUUUUCCAGUUGUAGACUUUUUUUAGAUAAACUUAAAACAAAUGUACCCUUUAACGUUAAAAAUACAAAUAUUCUCAUUUGAAAGCUAUAUAAUUAUUUAAACAAUAUUUGUUUAAACACAUUAAAAAAUUUUGUUAUAAUAAAUAAAUUAAUUUAUUAUGACAAAACAAAAGCAACUUUGACAUUUAAUAAUUCGUUAGUUAGAUGGCUCUACUCGAGUUACUUGGUAACAAAAAUAAAAUGAAGAAAAUUGCUCCAUGGGAAGCCAAGAGAAUGCAUUUUUUAACGUAUACCGAUUUUGAACUUUGAGAUUCCAUUUUCUCCAACCUAAUUUUUGAUUGAAAUUUUGCUAUUCUCGGCAUUUUUCACUCGAAAUAUCGAUAGUUUUUAUUAUUAUAAUAUAUGCUAUGAGUAUUUUAAAGAUAUGAAAACCGGUUGUGUCUCAGGAACCACUUAUCACAAUUAAACGUUUGUUCCUUAUAAGGAGCGUCCUGCCGCAUUCUUUCCAAUACCAUUUUCAUGGUUUAAUUUAAUUUAAUAUUUCCCGAGAUAUUCUAUUUGUUUAUAAGCCAAAAAAUUGUUUAUAAUUUUAAAAUAUUCCUGAGGCCGCAUAAAUAGUCCAAUUUCAAUUUUGUAAAGUACAUUAAAUAGGUAUAGUGCCUUUCUAUACCAUCAUAGUUACUCUUAUGCAUCGUAAUUGUGGUUAUUAUAGUGACCGUAAAUUUUUAAUUAACAAUUUAAUUGUUGCUAAACUGUUCAUUCAAUUUCCAUCGGCUUCUGGAAUUAUAGUCUAUACCAAAAAAGAGCUUUUAUAUUACCAAGCUAUUUAAUUAUUGAUAAACAAUUACUUACCUAAAAUUUUAGUUGAAAAUUAAAGAUUUUGUUGGAAAAACCCGCAUUUUCCGAGGAAAAUUUUCGUCGAAGGAAAUCGGAAAAACAUGUCUCUAUGCAGAAUUUAAUAACGGUGAAUUUUUAUUUGUGUGUUUUUGGUGUAAAGUUUAAAUCUUUGGAGUUAUAGAGCAAAAAUAGAAAAAACAUGAUUUUCGGGCGCCAUUUAGUUUAUAAAAAAGUAGCAUACUAUCUGCGGACUUUGCAUACCUAGAUUAUUAAUAUAUAGAAUCAUAAGAUUCGAUUUCAUCAAUAAAAUUGCUGGUAAAUAACAUUUCCUUGUAUUUUGCUAAUUAGCCCAGAGUAUAAGUGUUAAAUUUGUUUUAAACAAUAAUUUAGUAUACUAAGUGUGAAAAUUGUUGUAAGCAAAUUAUUCAAACAAUUUGGAAGCAUAUUUCAGAUGGGAUUGCACACUGAGGAAAAUUAUUACAAGUCUGAAAUUUGUUUUAAGCCAUUUUGUUAAGUAAGAAGUUCGUAAAAGCAUUUGAAAUUUAUUUCACACAGUUUACUGAAAAAAUAAAUUAUAUCGAUGCAUUAGACAACCUACACUAGAUACCUACAAUGUUUAUUUAUCAAUAAACAAUUAUUUAGUUAUUAAUUUAUUAUGUUACUAAUGUUAUGUUGUAUAAAUAUAUUUGUGAUUUUAUUUAGUUGAUUCACUUUGUAUAAUAAAUAGUAAGUUAUACUUAUAUUGUCUAUAUGUUAAGAUUUGUCUUUUUUAAUAAAAAGUAUCUAUAUAGGCGCCUUUUCUUCAAUUUCUGUUG